AUGCCCGACCACCGAUGGACCAGCCUGGUAAUCUCCAACAACAACCUCCUCCCGAUGCACAAGGACAACCACAAUGUCGGUUGGAACGCUUUGUAUGGUCUGGGAAACUACUCAGGUGGAGGUUUGUGGCAGGAGACUGGACCAGAGUGGGACCCCGGUGGGAGAGCAGUUCACUGGCGUCCAGAUGGAAAUGGAGUCCUUCGACCAGGGGUGAUUCAUGAAUCGAAAGGCACCCCCGUCUACUUCCCUCCAAAGGUGAAUCAUGCCACCGAGCCCUGGACGGGCAACCGAAUCCUCAUCACUGCAUGGACAAGCCGAGGCCUACCGGAAUGUGAUCCAAAGGACCGGAGGAUGCUUCGACGAUUGCGGUUCCCAUGUCCUUUGAAGAGCGAAGUACAGUGCUUUACGAGUGCAUGUCCAUGCGGGUGCAUCCUGGCUGAGGAAGAUGAAGAGGGCAUGCUUACGGUGGAGCGAACGACUCCGAUAGAUGUCAAGGAGAACUUGGAGGAGAUCCUUAUAGCCGCUCAAGAAGAACUGCGUGAACAGGCCACCUCCCUUCCCCAGGUGAAGAAGUACGACCUUGACCUGCUUUGCCUGGGAGGCCAGAAGCCAAGUUACUUGAGCGAGUGGAUUGCGGGGAAUGAAGGUAAGAGCAGGGCUCUCACAACUCGUGAAUGUGAUCUCAACUCCAAGAAAGGCUCCAGCUUUGCAGAGCAAGUUCUAUCGACGUGUUCUGCGCGAUGGUUGGAGAUUGAACUCCCCUUCUUUCAGGAUGAGAAUGGGAAUGGAAACCUCCAACCAACCGAUGCACAAGAGCAACGGAAACGCCAGAGGAGAAAGAGGAUCAUCAAGAACCUGAUGAUGUUUGUUGAAAAACAUCUCGCCGGAGGAGGGGAGCUGGUGAUCCACGGCCAAACUAAAACCUUGGCCUGGAAGGACUGUGCCUACCUCCCGAUGAAGGACCACGAGAUCCGCAAGGAUGUUCUGAGACCCAAGAAGGCCAAGGAGCAAUGGAGCCAUAUCGGCAAAGAUAUGCUUGAUCAGACUGCCGUUGCCCUGACGGUGGAGAGCAACCUUCCUGUGGAAAGUUUUUCGGCGGAGGAGAAGAAGAAGUACCAGAAGAUUGUGCAUCAGCUGCACAAAAGGGCGGGUCAUCCGUCGAAUCAUACUCUUGCUGGAAUGCUUCGAGCCCGUGGAAUACACAAGGAGGUUGUGAAGAUGGCUUUGGACCUUCAAUGUUCUGAUUGUCAGGAGAUGCGACUUGCAGAUUCUGCCCCGGCUGUUUCUCUUCAUCAGGCGGAUACUCCCUGGAAAGUUAUACAAGUCGACAAUGCUGAAUUGAAGGUGGGCAACCAGGUGACCCACUUCAUGAUGAUUGCGGAUGAGGCAACGCACCUGAUUGUGGCCGCUUACCUGUUCACCAGGAACAACGCUGAGGGAAGGAAUGCCACGGCAGAGGAAGCAGUGACUGCCAUCGAGCAACACUGGGUUCAAACGUUCGGCCUACCAGCCACUCUUCGCCUGGACCCUGAAGGGUGUUUCAGAUCCAAGUUUCUUGAAGAUUGGGCCUCGGAGAGAGGAGUUGAAGUACUUCCCUGUCCAGGAGAAGCCCACCAACAGACAGGCCUGGUGGAAUCUCUAAUUGGCAAGGUGAAGAAAGAUGCGAUCACCUUGUUGGCUGGCGAGAACAUCGAUCCCUUCAGAGCCAUCCUGAAUGUUGUGGCUGCACAUAACACAGUGCACCGCACGAAAGGCUUCUCCCCAGCUCAAUGGGCCUUCGGAAGGGACUUUGGAAGUGAUGGCAGGUUGUUUGACAGCGAACAUGGACUUCCGUGUAUCCAGGCGAAGAUCUACAACGACACGACCUUCGGUGAGAAUCUCAACAUCCGAGACGCUGGUAUGGACUCGGUCGGACUGCUAUGGUUUGGAACGCAGGCCAAUGAAAGUGGUAUGGAUAUCUUCCGCCGGAAGAUUGAAGAGAU